AUGGGACUUUGGAUCAGCAAGCUUUGGUCGUUUUUUGGAGACCAGGAGGCUCGAAUUCUGGUUUUGGGGCUGGAUAACGCGGGUAAAACCACUAUCUUGUACCGACUACAAGUUGGGGAGGUCGUCUCCACCAUUCCCACCAUCGGCUUCAAUGUGGAAACUGUCACGUAUAAAAAUAUAAAGUUCCAAGUAUGGGAUCUGGGAGGACAAACAUCAAUCCGACCUUAUUGGCGUUGCUACUUCCCGUGCACCCAGGCAAUCAUUUACGUUGUUGACUCAACCGACACGGACCGUAUCGGCAUUUCUCGGGAGGAGUUUAAGGCGCUUUUGGAGGAGGAGGAGCUCCGGGACUCGCUGAUCUUGGUGUUUGCAAACAAGCAGGACUUGCCAAAUGCACUCAGCGACGCGCAGAUUGCGGAGGGGUUGGGGUUGCAUGGCAUCAAGAACCGGGACUGGGCAAUCUUCAAGACGAGUGCGGUGAAGGGCGAAGGGCUGUUUGAGGGGCUCGACUGGCUGGCAAACACGCUUAAGACGAGGCGGAAAUGAGAUGAAGUGGACUGAGAAUUGCCAUUUGAUUUGUACCUAGGGUUUUCGAUGGCGGUACCGGGACGUUUGGGCGGUAUCCACGAUUAGCAGGCAUUCCUCCGUGAUGGCCUGUUCUUGUGUGGCCUUUCCUUAGGUGCAAUGACGCUCCGGUGCUCGUUUGAAAGUGUUCGUGUGAAAGUGUUACUUUGGGUUGGGGGCCUUUGGAUGCAGGAGUGGAUGCAUUGUGGAGGGUAGGGGGGAAAUGGGCGCGAAAUGCUUAAAUGCGGGGUCCAGGCGCAGCAGCCUAUGGUACUAUAGGUUGGUCAUUUCAGCAAUGGAAGUCCAUGCCUGCGAAUGCGAGGAUGUACACAUGACCGGUUCCAGCGCCACCUAGCGAAUGCCCACAUGGGUAGCGGGUGGAAAGAAAAGGGAACACCUUUAGGUCCCGUGUAUGAGAAAUUUUGGCUGUGGCGUUUUCUGCGCUACUAGGCUGGCUAGAUGGGCACUGAAUAGGUUACCUGACGGUUAAUCGUGUCGAUGACGCCAAGGAUCUAUUUGAUUUCUCCGCCAAUGAAGUGAUCAAUUAUUGUGGUUUGAGGUGCAUGUAUGAAAAUGCUCGCGCAUAUUUACUUGUGAGCCAGAGCAGCUGCACGUUGCAGUCGGUGACAGGGGACUUUUGGCGUGCUCGAAUUGAGUACAUUGUCUAAAAUUCCCGAUUCCAUGCUUGAGCACGCUAAGCCAUUUGCAUAUUUCCUGAAAUCCCUAUAUGGCCAGUUUGCUGCACAGCUUCAGUAAUGCUGUUUGUAACGCAUCCAAGAAAA